ACUAAGAACCAGAAAAUUUUCAGCCUCUGAGGCCAUUGCCGGAGCUCUCUGUGCUUCCUGAGCUCGACAAUGGCGACGAUAAACUUCGAAGGGGACGCGAGGGAAUGGAACGAGGAUGCCUACCGUCGUAACAUCCUUCGAGACCGAGAGCGUGCCGCUCGCACUGUCUUCAGGACUGCCUUCGCUCCAUCGGAAAGACACAAGCCGGAGACCAUCGUUGCAGCCUCCAGCGAUGGAUCCAUCGCGUGCUACUCUCUUGAAUCCUGCAUCUGUUCCGCCGCCCAGGUGAGGAAUGGAGUUGAUGUUCUAAUGGAGGAGCCGAUUGCUGUCAUUGAAGGGCAUAAGGGCCCAGUGUAUGAUUUGAAGUUUUAUGACGAUGGGAAGGAGGCUUUGUUGUUUAGUUGUGGAGAUGAUGGUCAUAUUCGAGGUUGGAAAUGGUUGGAUGUCCUAAACUCAGAGGUGCCUGUGGCCAUUCAAGGAAGCCAUUUGAAGCCGGUCCUUGACUUGGUGAAUCCUCAACAUGAAGGUCCUUGGAGUGCACAGUCUCCAGUCCCUGAAAACAAUGCGAUUGCAAUUAACAAGCAGGAAGGAUGCAUCAUAUCAGCCACUGGUGAUGCAUGCGCUUACUGCUGGGAUGUGGAGACUGGAAAGAGAAAAAUGGUCUUUAGAGGUCAUUCAGACUAUUUGCAUUGUGUAGUUGCCCGUGAAUCAAGUAAUCAGAUUAUCACUGGUUCAGAGGAUGGAUCAGCACGGAUAUGGGAUUGUAGAAAUGGAUUAUGCACCCAAGUUAUAAAUCCAGAAAAGGGCCGUAAGCUGAAGGAAACUUCAUGGGUCAGUUGUCUGGCGAUUGAUGCAAGUGAGAGUUGGCUGGCUUGCGGCACUGGAAGGGACCUGUCAGUUUGGAGUCUUCUCUCUUGUGAGUGUAUUUUUAAUAUUGAGAGCCAUACCCCAGUGCAAGAUGUAUCAUUUGAUGGAAACCAACAUAUCCUUGCAGUUGGUUCUGAACCAAUUCUGAGACGGUACAGCAUUAACGGGAAGGCUCUGUCAAAAAUUCAAUGCGCUCCGCAGUCAGCAUUUUCCGUUUCCUUUCACUCCUCAGGGAUUACAGCAGUAGGUGGCUACGGAGGCUUAGUAGAUGUGGUGUCGGAAUUCGGGAGCCAUCUGUGUGUGUUUUGCUGCCGUGGUUUAGAUAAAGAUAAAUUUACUUAAUUGAAACUUUGCUUGUCUCUGGACUUACGGAUUGCCCUUCAUUCUCAUUGAUCUACAUGAUCAGGCAGAGUUGAGGCUUUGUUCUUGGAUCUCAUGUUGUUUGUUGUUCCUGAUGAUGUUGUUAACCUCUUUUAUGAAUCAAUCAGUCAAUGGAUCAAUUAUAUUA